UAUAUUUUAUAUCCGGUUUGAACCAUGGUCAGUUUGGGAACGGACUCGCGUCAAACUGGGGGCUAUUUCUUCCAUGACCACAGCAGUGUACAGGAUAGUGACCGGGAGGAUCUCCUCUCCGAGUCCCCCACCCUCUCUGCCAGCAUUGAUCCACCAUACAGAAAAAUCUACACAACGUGGGCGGCAGGGCUGGAGAUUCUUAUCAUUAUUGUCGUAGAAGUAUGUGUGUUUGUGAUUCCUUUAAGAGGGGUAUGUACUGAGAAUGUGUGUACCGACCUUUCAGUAUUAUGCUAUAUACAUGGGGGGCUGUGGUUCGUGAUUCUACUGUUUGAUUUCUUCUAUCGAGUCCAACACAACAAAAAUAGGAAGCUGGGUUACCUGGAGUUUUACAGAAAAACUCGUCACAUUCGUCGAGCUCCAUUACUGGUCAACUCAGCAGCGAAUGCCAUCCUGGUGAUUGUUCUGUGUCUGUACGGUAAUCUAGAAAACAAUAAUAAGGACCAGAGACUGGGUCUUCAGAUUGGAAUAUCAGUAGAAAUGGCUGCCAUCUUAGUUGUCCUAGUGUGGUAUAUGGUGAUGUCUGUAAACUUUAACAAAAGCCAAAUAGGACCCGAUGUGGUUAGAGAGGACAUGAUGAACAGCUUCCUUCAAAACAGUGUCACCUCCGAGAUUGGAUUCAAAGAUGAUAGUUAUUCGGACCAGGUUUUGGAGAGGCAGGCAGACAUGAUUCGAUAUCUCAAGCAACACAACUCACAGCUGGCAAAACGCCUUCUGGCACUGACAGAAGAGAACAACACGCUGAAAGCCAAUAGCUGAGAUCAACACAAACAGCUGUCAACCAAUCAAAACAGAGCUCUUAUGUGGGAACAGUGCAAUGUGAUUUUCUUUAUGCUUGAGUCUGUGUCAGCCACCUGAUAUUUCCAAUCCAGUAUUAUCAACUGUAGACGUCAGUGUUGUGUGGUUAAAGUUAGCAGUCAGUGAUCAUAGGAGACAAACUUAUGGUUUCACAAGUGUUGCCAUCUCUACUGAAUUGUGCUUAUAACUUAAUUUAUAAUUCAAUGAUAUCAUUCCCCUUUCAUAUUACUGCUGUACAUGUGUCCUAAUUUUGUGUUUUUACUUUUGUCUGACUACUUAUACACUUACUUAAAAUAAGAUUUAUUAGUAUUAAAUCAUACACAAAAAUA